GGCUGCGAGUCGGCGACGCAGAGCUACUGAAUCGGUCCAAAAUGGCAGAGGUGGAGGAGACACUGAAGCGACUUCAGAGCCAGAAAGGAGUGCAGGGAAUCAUCCUGGUGAACACAGAAGUCAUUCCCAUCAAGAGCACCAUGAACAAUCCCACCACCACACAGCACGCCAACCUCAUGCACAACUUUGUCUUGAAAGCACGGAGCACUGUGCAUGAAAUUGACCCUCAGAAUGACCUCACCUUUCUUCAGAUUCACUCCAAGAAAAAUGAAAUUAUAGUUGCACCAGAUAAAGACUAUUUCCUGAUUGCGAUUCAGAAUCCAACCAAAUAAGCCAUUCUCUUGGCUCCUUGUGUCAUUCCUUAAUUUAAUGCCCCCCAAGAAUAAUAAUGUUGAUCAUGUCAUCAGACUGGCAUGUGGAAAUCACCUCAGAUCAAUCCAGUG